AUGUAUAAGGUAUGUUUGAAAAUCGUUCUAAUAUUCAAUUUUGGAAUAUUGGACGCAAAAUGGCCAAAUCCCGAAAAUGACACAUUGGUAUUCAUCGCCAAUCCUGUGGAAGCCGACAUGCCAGGUCACUGGAUACCAUUGAGCAUAGUAAAAAUUAUGUUAUCAGGAUCCACUGAAAAUGGUAUAAAAAAACUAGCCUAUAUUGAAACAGUAUCAGUAAAAACUACAGCAAGAAUGACGACAACAGAAGCAACAAGCACAACGACGCCAACAAAAACAGAAACAACAUCCACGCCAAUGACAACAAUUAUAACAACAGAUGAGGUUCCUUCAACGACUAAUCCUACAACAAGUACUACAACAACAAAGACAACACCGCCACCACCACCACCAACGCAGCCUCCAGAGACAGAAAUGACAACUACUGUAACAACUACGACACCAAAAACUACUACUGAAGCUUCGACUACGACAUCUUCGACACCAACGACAACAACGACCCCGACGACGACGACAACAACAACCCCUACAACAACCACCAUUACAACAACUACCACACCGACAACUACGACACCAACAACUACGACUCCGACAACUACAACGAAACGAGGCCCAAAACGAGGCAAACCAGUGACAGACAGUCACGAUAACAUGAAUAAUAAAUAA